ACAAUAGAAGCCAUUACUGAAAAUCGUUUUGUGAGAAAACUAAAAAUAAAAAAUAAAGAAUGAGUAGUUCAGAAGAAGUAUCAUGGAUUUCCUGGUUUUGUGGGUUACGAGGAAAUGAAUUUUUUUGCGAGGUGGAUGAAGAUUAUAUUCAAGAUAAAUUCAAUUUAACUGGUUUAAUAGAACAAGUACCUCAUUACAGACAAGCUUUAGAUAUGAUACUAGAUUUAGAACCAGAUGAAGAUCUAGAAGAUAACCCUAAUCAGUCAGAUUUAAUAGAGCAGGCAGCAGAAAUGUUAUAUGGUUUAAUACAUGCCAGAUAUAUCAUGACAAAUAGAGGCAUUGCACAAAUGAUUGAAAAGUGGCAACAAGGAGAUUUUGGUUACUGCCCCAGAGUUUAUUGUGAAAAUCAAGCUAUGUUACCUAUAGGAUUAUCUGAUGUACCAGGAGAAGCUAUGGUCAAGUUAUAUUGUCCUAAAUGUCAAGAUGUUUAUACUCCUAAAUCCUCACGCCAUCAUCAUACAGAUGGGGCUUAUUUUGGUACAGGCUUUCCUCACAUGUUAUUUAUGGUUCACCCUGAAUACAGACCUAAACGACCUGCCAAUCAGUUUGUUCCAAGACUCUAUGGCUUCAAGAUACAUCCUCUAGCUUAUCAGUUACAGUAUCAAGCUGCCGCCAACUUUAAAUUUCCAAUGAGAAGUACCAGCCAUACCAAUAGUAAACGAUGAACGCUAAAAUUCCUUGAUGAUGAGUCUCAGUAACUGCUAUUAAAAUCUUCAAUUACAUAUUAUAACUUAUGAUUUGCAUCCUAGCAGUAUUGUUUACUUCUUGUGUUAUUUUCUUUUGUUAAUUUUGGUUUUUUUUUCUGCUGUGUGAUGCUCAUUCAAAUAACAUCUUGUGUAGCAAUGACAAAUGUAAUUUCAUAAGUUUAUUGUAUAUUGUGCUAAGUUUGACAAUAGUUUUGUUUAAGGUUUAUAGAGAAAUUAAUUCAUUAGUUAAAAGUGAUUUUUGAUUGGUAUAUGGACAGGUUAAAUAAAUAGAAUUUGUUUAAAAUACAUAUACAGUCGUUAUUGACCCUGUAAAAUGGUCAUUGAAAUAUAACUCACAGUUCACUCUACAGUGUAAGUGUUCCCGAUGUUAAAAAUAUCUUAACCUCCUAUAUUUCCCUGUGAAUAUUUGCUGACAAGAACCUUUCUGCUAGAAUUAAACUCUUUAAGUUCAAAAGUGUAAACUGAACCUUUGUUUUUUUUUGCAAAAUGCAUUUUUUUCUAUUUUUGUGUCCAAAGAGUUCACUAAAAUCUUUCUUUCAUAGGUUUCAUACAGGUGUUUAUGGAAAGAAUGGGGAUUAUUGAUUUGUAAUGUAAAUUUAAGUUGUAACCCAAAAAUAAAUUAUAUUGUUUUGUCA